AUGGCCGCGGCCGUCGAGGCGACGACGCGGCCGCCGCGCGGCGGGCGCGGCGGGAAGCACCGCCAGAAGGCGAAGCUGAACCAGAGCCUGCAGCAGCUGGCCGGCGCGGCGGACGCGGCGGCGGCGCAGGCGUACGUGGACGCGUGCCUCAACGUUUACAAGAAGCAGCACCAGGGGGACGCCGCGAGCCUCGAGCUGCUCACCAGGCAUUUGGCGUACCUCAUAGGGGGCGUGGUUCGGUUCAAGCUCGAGGGACUGAUCCCCUGGUCGGCCCUGCCGGUGCCCGCGCCCUCAGAGUUGGCGGACAAGAGCCGCACCCCCACCUACAAGGCCUGGCUCUGCCGCCUCGGGGUCGUGACGCCAGAGGCGUUCGCGGACGGCGGCGACCCGGGCACGCCCAUCCCCGGCUCGCCCUGCGGCGGCGCGCCCGCCGGGUACGGGCUGCUGGCAUGA